CCAAGAUCCACCUCGAAAUCACUAGAUAGCGUAGUGCACGUACGCCACGAUCUACAUGCAUAUAUGCAUGGAUCAAGGAAUCCAAUUGGGGAUGCCUUACUCUCUUCCUAACCUCCAUGUGCCAGAUCACUACUACACCACCCCUAUUCCUCUUUCUCCACUUGAACUACCUUGCCAUCCCAAGCUUCUCCAGAUGCAAUUCGACCAGAACGAGGAAGCCUUGAUGAUCUCCUCUGAACAUUGUGGGCUAUACCCGUUGCCCGCGCUUUGCCGCCACUCCAGCUCCGCCAACCACCCCGCACAGACCAUCGUUUGCGAGAAGCCCACCGCCGGUUUCGUGCCCAGUUUUGGGGCUGAGGAGGUGAGCACCUCGGUGACGAUGAGAGCUGGCUUUGAGGGUGCUAGCUGUAAUGGUCAUUCCGGUACAUGGUGGAGGGGUUCCAUGGCAGGGGAGAAGGGGAAGAUGAAGCUGAGGAGGAAGAUGAGGGAGCCGAGGUUCUGCUUCCAGACCAGAAGCGACGUUGAUGUUCUGGAUGAUGGAUACAAGUGGAGGAAAUACGGGCAGAAGGUUGUGAAGAACAGUCUACAUCCCAGGAGCUACUUCAGGUGCACCCACAGCAACUGCCGCGUGAAGAAGCGUGUGGAGAGGCUUUCGACCGACUGCCGCAUGGUGAUCACCACGUACGAGGGCCGCCACACGCACUCCCCUUGCGAGGACACCUCCUCCUCCGGCGACCACACCACCACCUGCUUCAGCUCCUUCUAGGUCACAGAAGAGAUCAGGCAAGCAAGCAGCAAAGUGCAUAGAUCCAUCGAAACCCGGUAAAUCUUCCCUGCACGGGAGGUCCCAUGCAUGUUUCAUCCAACGAUUUACCUAGUUGCGAGGUUUAGGACUCAUGCUGCACGGUUUCGCUCAGUUUCAUUGUAUUUCGAGAUUCUGAAUUGAAUUGGUAUGCAAUAUUGCCUAAAGAGUUUG